GUACGGGAACCAGUGCUAAACGGAUUGUGAUUCUGUGCAGACUAUUUUUGUGAAUUCCCGUCAAAUGACAGUUCCUUUUUAACAAUUACUCAUUACUUAAUGGUAAUAGUGAUAUAAUUUAACACUGUGAUUGCCAAAAUGAGUAUUGAGGAUAUCCUUACAGUGGAAACAAUUAUUAAUAUUAAUAAUUUUACUACUAUGGAAGCUAUUAUGAUGCGCGAUCAAAGGACUACCAGUCACAGGGUAUUCCAUAAUAAUAACACCAAUUGUUUUCAGUAUUUUGAUGGUGUCAAUAGGACACUUUCGAAAAAAAAAUCACGCGUGUGCGUUAAUAAUUCACACCAUUUUGUUAAAAAUAAUAAUCGUUUUUCUAAAUGUGAAAAUAGUGACAGUAAAAUUAAUAAAAUUAGUAGAACUGACUUAAAUAAUAAUAAUAAUAGAAGAAAUGAUAGAGAUGUUGAAUCGGGGGUUAAUAGUGAAAAUUUUAGUAACGAUUGGAGUUCUGGAAAAACAAAUUGUUCCACGUGGUUGACCUUUAUUUCUGUUCCCUUAGGGCUCGCAAGCCUACUGAUAGUCCUGCUUUUCGUGACGGCAAACGGAAAACCAGCAGCACCUAUGGCAGUUCACAAACAACAGUUUACAUCCACGCCCAAAUGGAUAAAUCCUUGCGGGGAAGCUGCCGAGAAUUCUGAUGGGUCAAUUUACAUAGAACAAAUGAAAGAUGAGCAAUUGUUAGGGACGAUCAUCUUGAGGGCGAAAAACGCGCUAGAUCACGCGAAGCGUUUCUGCGACCAUUUUUCACAAGAGUCACUCGGAUUGAAUUUCGAGUCGAUGCAAGCGUCGUGGAACAACCGUCAGUACUAUUGGCUACCAGGUCCGCUGGAAAUUCCAAAACAGCUGGGCACGACGUUGUCCGAAGACUAUUUAAGCAAACUUGAGGUGCGGAUGAUUGACUCGGCGUUGUUAAAUGCGUACGAGUAUAUGCAGAAGUAUGCUGUGGGCUUAGAACAAAUUACCUAUGACCAGAAGGAAGAACAGCUUAAUUUUCAAAAAGAGUUUGUUGAGACUGAACACAAUCUUCGUUCCGUCCUAUGCGAGCUACAAGUAGCAAUGAUGGAACGAGGAGUACCACAACGUAUUGACGUAUCGCGUGACAUAAUGCCUGACAUGUUUCGUCAAGUAGAGUCAAUAACGUCGAGAAACACCCGAGACUGGAUAAUAUUCCGGGACUACAUGAACGGCCUGGAGUACGUAGUCCAGGUAUUCGAGCACCUGAAGAACAACUUAGAGUCCUCUUGAGGAUGGUGGGGCGGAGUAAGUCGGCCCAAUAGGACAACACGACGACAAUUAGUGCGCUUCUACAAUAAUAAUCUAAGGGCUCUAAAUUCUGUGUCAUUAUAAGAAUACCUACGCUUCGAAUUGGAACAAAAUCGACUAGUAGAUGCUGCAUUUAAUCCACCGACGCUCGCCGCCUGAUAUUCACCAUUAUUAGUUUUAAUUGAUAGUGUGCACGUAGUAUGCAUGAAGGAUUGUUGGAACAAAAAACUAAAUUACGAUGUAAAUAUUAAAAAAUAUUAUUUGAAACUGACGAAAGUUGUCAAGUACAAAAUAUGCACUCUUCAGCAAUUAAAUUGUAAAUUUUUAAAAAUAUUUAAUCACAAAUUUUUUAAGAAGAAUUAUUUUCUUUUAAAGAAAACUACGUAAUUUUAUAAUUAUUUAUACAGACAAAAAAUAUAAAUAUAUGUACAGUAUUUGUUAGAUAAAAUUAUUGUUAAACUUACGGAUACUAAUUUUGGAUAUUUAUUGACUAACUAUUA